AUGCAUAGCUGCCAAUUGAUUAUUUUAUUUGUGCUCCCCCUCUCUAUAUUGGGCUGGAACCAAAUCUCAGGCAGUAACCUGGACAAAGCGCUAGGUUCGGAUGGGCCAAAAUUAAUAGCAUCCAAAAGAGUAAGGCCUACAGCAGUCGUGGCGACUCAUUUUCCAACACAUGAACUGACAGAGGUCAUCGUAACCUACAGACCCAAAUCAGCGAAUCUAGAAGCAGAGUGGCUCCAGGCAGCUUCGGAAGCGCCAGAGUCCCUAUUGGCCGUAGACUGCUCAAACAAUGAAAACGACAGCUUUUGCACUGACCCGCGGUGUUUGGACCUUCACCCACGCACCGGACGGAGCAGUAUCGUCAACUUCAUAACCCGCCACAGGCGCCCCCUCAUCUCCGAGCUUACAACCCAGGAGGAAUACUCCGCACUGCUGACCGCCGACGAGGCCGUGUUCAUCGCUUAUGCACCAACACCAGCUCAACGUGCCCUCUUCCAAGACGCUGCGGUCCGUUACCGUGACGAGUUUACUUUCGGUCUCGUCGUCGACCCGGCACUCAUCCCCGGAGAAGGGACGGGGACCACCACGAGUCCCUUGGUACUCUGCCACCGCUCCGACGACGGCGUCACGUCCCGCCUCCCGUUCUCCGAGGACGACUCCUCCUCGUCCUCCUCCACCCCAAAGACAUCACCCGAUGCCCUGGCCGCCUUCAUCGAGGAGGCGAGCCGACCCACCAUCGCCGAGCUGACCGUGCGCACCCACGCGCGCUCCCUCGCCCGCGGCGCGCCCAUGGUGUACAUGUUUGCGCGGACGGGAGCCGAGCGCGCGUCGCUGCGGGCGAGCCUGCACCGCCUCGCGACCGGCUACCGCGACUCGCUGACCAUCGUGACGGUCGACCCGGCCGAGUUCCCGGACCUGCCGAGCAGGCUCGGGCUCGGCGGGGUGGACCAAGAAAUCGUCGAGGGCCGACCGGCCGGCGCCCUGCACCAGCUCUCCAAGGACAGGGUCUACCCGUACCCGCGCGGGCGGCCCGUCGACCCGCGGUCCAUCCAGCAGUGGGGUUUGGACGUGUUCCAGGGCCGCGUCAAGCCCUGGACGCCGCCGGGCGUCACCACCUCUUACAACGACCUGGGCCCCACCAGGGUCGCAGCCGCCGCCACGAGGAAGAUCUCGAUCGCCAACAUCCCGGGCCUCAAGAUCAAGAUUGCUGGGCAUAGGCAGGACGAGCUUUGA